AGUAAUCCUGUUGUUUCGGAGCGACCUCGAACAACAAAUGGUUCACUGGAUGUGUUCUACGAUGUGGAGGACCCACCUCAGAAUGACGAACCUAGUGUCAGCGUGAGUACAGGUGAUAUAUAUACUAGCCCAGCAUCGAGGCGUUCGAUGCAUGACCUUCCUAGUUCUUCACAGUCAUUUAUCGAACCUUCUCCCACCAAAGUUAGCCCGCGCUUAACGAAAACGCUCUCCACGUCACAUUUACAGCGUCCAAAGACCGCAGGGCAUGUAGGGUUGCACUCUCGUGGCUCAGUUCGUCGUCGUUCUGCAGGUGCUUCUUCAGCCGUUCCUCCCUCUCGUCAGUUCGGAAGCCCAGAAUCUGACAAGGUGUCCCGUGCGCCGUCGUUGGAGAGUGACCAUACUACUCGUGUGGUUUCUCCUCAAACAUCGCCUUGCUCCUAUUCGCGUCUCGCGAACGCCAGUAAGCGAUCGCUCGAAUCGCAAGAAGGAAGGAGCUAUUCAACACUUCUCGACCGAAACCAUCCAAUGUCGCGUUCUAGGUUCACUGUGCAUACAGAAUCCAUUUCGCCGUCCUUGCUGGACACGGCGAUGUUGGAUUCACGUCUAAAUUUUACGAUGGAACGGUUGGAGAGGUCUAUAUUUCAACUUUCCAAAAACACGAUGAGAGCCGUCUCACAUCUUGAUAAUGCACCACCCUCCGUGGCCCUUCCUUCUCUAAGCAAACGCACUGCAUGGCCUCUUCCAGCUUCUGCUCCCAUUACACCCGUCCCUCCUCGUCCCUCAUCGGUACCUCAAAGUCGACCUAAUACUACUUCUUCUAGUCCAUAUCCCACGGCAUUCAUGAAGAAUGACUAUGCGUUGGACAACAAUGCUUCUUCCCAGGUGAUCGCGGAAGAGCCCUCCAAUCAAAUUGACAGCCAGACACAAGCUACCGAACUAGACAAUACAGCCGGUGCUCUUGAGAAUAAUGGUUCUUUGAAUGACGCAGCCUCUAAUGUUGCGGCCGACAGUAAACGAAACUCCAGACGGCUGUCUGCUAUGGAUCUUCCCGUGGCCGAUGACUUUGGAUCACCAUUGAAACUUAAGGAGUUACCCGCUACUGUCGGAAGUAAGAGCUCGGUCAACAAGAAUGGUAGUAACCAGCGGGCAGAUAUGGAUAGCGAAAUACGUUUAUCUUUGAAUGGUCCCCCUACCUUUGCUCCUGCUACUGCUACAAGUACUUUCCCCCCAGCAGUUACGAGAAAAUCCUCUAAGCGUCAUUACUCUGAAAUCUCGUUUACCGGAGUGGAACAAGAAACACAAAUCAUGCCCAUCGUUGAAGAGCCAAAGACAGAAUUUGCGGAAAAGGUUCACUUACGCCAGGUCAGUACCUCGAAUCGGUCUGAACACGCUCCGUCCGUCAAUACUACUGUCUCCAAUGUUCCCAAUGUUCCUACCGUACCUUCUGCACACUCGUUUUCUACUGCAUCACCCUCUGUUGCUCAACAACGCACACACCUUGCGCAUUUGUCAUCCGAUUUGGCAUUGCGUCCCAUUGAAUCCAACCUUCCUCCUCACGUAGUAAAGGACUAUGCUACAAGACCUGCAGCAAAAGCUGCAGCUGAGCUGAAGGCUAAUGCCGCUCAGAACAAACCCGUUAAAGAAAAAACGUCCCUCUCAUCUAAGCUGUGUUGCGUCCUGAUGUGA